AUGAUAAAAUUUAAUUUCCAUUUCAUUGACGAUUGGUAAGGAGAGAUUGCUUUUGCAAAAAUUAAUGGAAAGACUAUAUGGCAUGAAAGUUAUGCUUGGUGUGGUAAAUUGUUGUCUUUUUAAUGUAAGUUAUCAGGAGUUAAUGCUUGUGGAAAAGAAAUACCUGAUAGAAUAUCUCAUAAUGUUUAAUUUGAAUUUAUAAAUACUGAUGAUUAGUUUAUUUUGGAAAUUGGUGCUUAUUUAAAAAAUAGAAAUUCUUGUGAUGUUUCUUGGGGUAUUGAUGAUGUUUAAGUAUAUGUUAUUUGA